GGGUGCGCUGGGAGCGUCUCGGGGGUGGAGGCCAGGGUGGCCGGGCCCCUCCCACUCCGCUUUUUCUCGCGUCUCCUGUACCCGGGACUGGCAGUGGGCGCCUGGUUACCAGACGGUGUACACGGGGACAAACGGAAACCGAUCUCAGCAAGCUGAGGGUGCAGGAGCGAUCUCCUGGACCGACCCGCCCGCGCCAUGCGCUCGUACACUGGCCUGAGGGCGCUUGUGGCUCCUGGUUGCCCGCUCCUCCUCCUAUGUCUUCUGGCGGCGACGCGCCCGGAUCGGGCUGAGGGCGAUCCCGCAGAUUCAGCUUAUACAAGUCUACCUAUUCGAGAAGAAAUGAUGGCGAAGUACUCAAACCUUUCCUUGGAGAGCUAUAAUAUCUCAGUGACAGAAGAGCCCAGUGUAUCAGCAGAGCAAAACAUAACGCUGGAGAGGCCUUCUCACCUGGAACUGAAAUGCAUGUUCACGGCAACUGGGGAUUCGAACUCAGUGAAUGUGACUUGGAAGAAAGAUGAUGAGUUACUUGAGAUUGCUGAUGGUUCCAAUAUAACUAAAAUGGGCAACACCUUAUCCAGUCAGUACAGGUUCAUCGUUUUUAAUAGCAAACAAAUGGGAAAAUAUUCUUGUGUCUUUGGAGAAAAGAAGCUCAGAGGAACCUUUAAUAUCAAAGUACCCAAAGUUCAUGGAAAAAACAAGCCAUUGAUUACUUACGUGGGGGAUUCUACUGUGCUGAAGUGUGAAUGCCCGAAUGGCUUUCCUUUAAAUUGGACUUGGUACAUGAGUAACGGAACUGCACAGGUUCCCAUUGAUGUUCACGCGAAUGAUAAGUAUGCUAUAAAUGGUUCCUAUGCUAAUGAAACAAGACUCAAGAUAAAGCAUCUUUUGGAGGAAGAUGGAGGAUCCUACUGGUGUCGUGCAGCCUUCCAGUUAGGGGAGAGUGAGGAGCAGAUUGAGCUGGUUGUUCUGAGCUUCAUGGUGCCCCUCAAGCCAUUUCUGGCCAUAAUCGCUGAGGUCAUCCUCUUAGUGGCUAUCAUUCUGCUUUGUGAAGUGUAUACCCAGAAGAAAAAGAAUGACCCAGAUGAUGGGAAAGAAUUUGAACAAAUUGAACAGCUGAAAUCAGAUGAUAGCAACGGCAUAGAAAACAAUGUCCCCCGCUACAGAAAAACUGAUUCUGCGGAUCAGUGAAGACAUAGAGCACAUUUCGCCCUGGGAGGACGUACAGCGUUGGAGUUUGUAUUUCAGCUUCCUUUUCAGAACACCCGAAUUUUAGAUUUUUAAAAGACAAAGAUGCCCUCAACAUGCACAGGAGUAGCUUUAUAAACAAUGUGGUCCAUCUCUUACCUAAAGAUGUAUUUUCAUUUUGUAAUUGCUUUUCGUUAAAGCAAGGUAAAUUGUUUCAGCUGUGUUCUGUGAGCUGUAACCUGGAUAAUAAACUUUACCCUCUUUGGGAGAUCAGGGGUACAGGGAAGACACCAGCAAAAGCAGUUAAUAAUCCACAAAUAAUGCUAAAAAUCUGUUUAUUACCAAAGAAUUUAUUAAAGAGAAAGUGUUUGCCAGUUGUCUUAAAAGUGUUUCUCUCCACCAGACAUAUUACCUAAAGAAGUAUUUAUACCAGUUUUCAUGUGGAGUGUUCCUGUGUUGAGUGUGUUAUCUCUAGGAAAUGGAAACAAUGCUUUGAAUAUUGGUGACUACACUGCAGCCUUGACACUAAGAUAUAUUCGUGUUCCUUAAGUAAUGUUGUAAAGGAAGGGAGUUCAAUCAGAUGCUUGUGCCAUGGUCAGUAUAAUACCAGAACUUCUCAUCUUUAUUGCAAUCAUUUCCGCUGUUUCUAUCCCAAGCCAAAGUGCUUCUCAGCCUUAAGUAGGAUGUUUUUCUUGUUCUUUGCCAUUAGUCUUUCCUGUGUUGAUGAUUCAGAAUGCAGAUUCAUACGGUCAUAGUACAAUACCAAUGCCUGCAUGCCUCUGUGGCUCGUGGCUCCUGGGUACCUUUAUGUGCUAUCUCUUUUCUGAUACCACAACUGGUUAAGCAUGUAAAAAUGCAUUAUUAGUGUUUUCCAAUAAUAAUUCCUUUGACUAAUAUAUAGGAGUAAUAGUGUAUUGUUUUAUGUUACUGCAAAUGCCUUAGACUUAACUUUAAAAACAUAUCUGAGAUACUUUAUGAACUCAGUAGAAAACCACAUCAGUUCAGUUUUUAAUGGACAUGGAAAAUUGUCAAUGGCUUGAAAUGAAAUAAAAUGUAGUGCCUUGGAUGGAUGGAUUAAAUAUCCCUUGUGCUGCUGGAUUUUGUGACACGCUGCCUUGGAGAGAACAGGGCUACAAAGAGAGACCAGCUUGGGAUGGUAGUUUAAAAAAAAAAAAAAAAAUCCAUGGUCCCUGGUGAUUGAGGGAUUAGAUGUUGGGUAAAAGGAGUCCACUGGUUUAAAAAUGGAAAAUGGAAACUAUAGAAGUGCAUGCCUUUUGCAUUUAGCUAUGAAAAGUGUAAGAUUUCUGGUGGGUAAAAUUAUGUAACAUCUUGCUUGACUAAUGCUUACCAAUAUUUAUUAGCAAGUAAAAUACAUAGGAAAUAGUUACAGCAGCUGCUUACUGUUGUCUGUUGAUGAAACAAAAUUCAGUAUUUUCUAAUAAGACAUAUUAACUGCAGGUGUGGAUUUUUAUUGAACUAGAAUGUAGCUCUUGGUGGUAGAUGUCACCUUUUUCCCCUUAGUUUCAUUAGCUACACAUUUGUUUUGCCUUAAUUCAUGCUUAAUUUGGCAAGCUCAUUUUGAUGACCAAAGGUCAACAAAUAUAAGUAGCCUAAACAUUUUGAAUCUAACAGUUGUCCCUCUCAAAACAGUGUAACUGUGAUUACAUACAUACAAAUCCCCCAAAAGUAACUUUUCUUUCAGGAUUCAUUUAUUCCCUUUGCCACCACUCUUUAAGUUGAAAUAGUUUUCAUGAGAAAAAUAUGCUACCCAGAGGUAAAGUAAUCUGAAAUACUUAUGUAAUACAAUGAAAUGUUAAUGGGCAUGUGUGCUAUUCAUUACUCUAGGAAAGAUGAGUUAUCCCAAUAACUUGAAGUAGAAAAAGUUCUCAAAUAUUUAAGUUCAUUUUUGGCCCUUCAGAGUGUCUCUGGGGUACUUAUGGAAAAUUAUUCCAUCCCCGUUAGAUGAAAAUGGAAUGCUUCUAUUAACUAGCUUUGUGGAAUUGAAGAGUGGAUUGUCUGAGGACCAAUUGUAAAUGUAAAAAAAAAAAUUAAAAGCUGAAGCAGGAACACUAUCUUGAGUUUAUAAAGUAGACAUUUGGGGAAAUUCUGUUAAUCUUUCCAGUAGAUGGGAUUUUUGGGAUAAUAAUUAGAUUUAAUGAUGCCAUAAAUUUUCCAGAUGAUCUUAAAUUCGGUUUACAUUAACAUAUGUUUCCUUCUGCAAUCUGUUUUCCCCUAGCUGGUUAGUCCUUCCGAAUCAAACCUAAAAUUGUUUAUCUUCUUUUCUUCCUUUUUUUUUUAAAUUUUUUAUUUUAUAUUUAUUUUAUUUUUGGCUAAGAAUACCUUCUCCUCUGACUCUGUUAAUCGUUCUUUCAUUAAUCCUCAGGGCCUCUCCCCCCUCGCCUUCACCAGCUGCAAGACUAUGGCUUGGUUUCCCUACCUUAGCCUCGUCCACCCCUCCAGUUUUCAUGGUGCUUCUCUCUGCCUUUCUCCUUAAACACAAAGGACUCACCCUGAUGCAUCCGCUCAGGCCAAACCUUACACAGCUCGUGGUUGCCAUUUCUUAGACCUGCACUUCACCUGGUCACUAUGUGCCUUCCGUUGUCUUGAACUAGUCUAGCAUCUGUCUCGGAGGCUGUCCCCACUCCUGCUCACUCAAGGGUACCUUCAGCCUGUUAAGGCUUAGAGGAAGUUCUCUUUAGCAGUAGGGUAGGUAGCAGCUCCUAUGCUCACAUAAACUUCAUGCUUCUUUGAGGUUGGUCUACUUCCUGGAGUCUUGACUUUUAGCUCGGAGUACAACAGGUUCUAGGUGGUACAAGGUGAUAUAGGUGUUGUAUAAUGUAUUUGGAGGAAUGUGAGGUUUAAAUUUUUAAGAAUCACUUGUAUCUAUUUUAGAAAACUAAUUUUAACUAUGACAGAAUUGCAAAUAAAAUAUGGAAAAGCAGGUUAUAUUAAGUUCUUCAAGUUGUUGUACAAGGGUUAUCACACAUAUUCUGGUGGGUUUUCGUUUCUAUUGUCCUUAAAGUCCCGUGGUCGGUGUGCAUGUCACACAUAAACUUAAGUUUUACCUUUUCUUUAAUAAGGCCAUUGCACAUAUAAACCUAAUUCUCACCUUUUCUUUAGCAAGUUUACAAAUCGGCUCUAAUUAUACAGGGCUUUUGUGAUUAUUUUUCUUCGUAUGGGACAGCUGAGAUCUGGCAUUUGUGUUCACUCCACUAACAUAUCUUUCCAUCGCCCCAAGUUUUGUACAGUACCUCAGGAUGUACUUCAGAAUUUAAUAUCAGCAGCAUGUUACAAAAUAACUUACUAAAUUUUGAUUAUCCAAAGCAUACUUCUUACCAGAUUGAUCAAAAGAAAAAGAUUCCCUGUCGUCUCUACCUGUUUGCUUCUGGUCCUCAUCUUUAGGGCACUUAAUUCCGCCCCCCCCCCCCCAAUUAUUUGCUACUAAACUUCCCCACAUGAAAAUGAAUCUUUCUAAUUGAGUAAAUCUAGGCAGAAAAUUAGGGAAUUCCUUCUCAGUGGUUCAGUUCUUGAAGGAGUGAGUUAAAGUAUGCGUUUCAGUAUUAAUUGAAUGGCAUGAUGCCUGCUUGUGGUAGACUCUGAGAAAAUUUUUUACUGAAUGGGUGACAAUAGGAAGACUUAACUACUUUGGAAUUUUAAGUUACACAUAUUUACAUACUUAACUACUUUAGUGAAUUUAUCCUAAACUACCCAUGAAUUUAUCCUAGUCUGUCAUAGAAAGAGCUGAAACUAUGUGCCACUUUAUUCUAAAUCUAGAUAGUCAGUGACAUGUUCUGUUAGUCAAUCAAGUUCCCCAUUAACUAUGACCCUCCUAUUGUUUAGUCCUAGUACCUGCUGUAUGUUGAGUGUGGCGCAUGCUAGGCAUUCACCCUAAAACAUUCUUUGAAACGUUUCGUUGAAUCCUCAGUCCAUCUCUUGUCAUAAAAACUGUUCUCUCUUUUUUAAUCAAUACACAAUUUCAAGCUUAGAGACCUUAAGAAAAUUGUCCAAGCUGCCCCGAUGCACAUGAUCAGAACUGAAAUCCACAUUCAGUUCAGCUGACUUGACCUACCUUGUUCACCUGCUGUGAACUGAUAAUUGUAUACAUCCGAGAAAAUGAGGAUAUGAUCAAUUGUCCUUUGUCUUUUAAUUUUAUUCUUUUGGUGGCCAGUCAUAACCCAAGAUCCAUAAUCUUCCUGAAGUUGGGGAGACCCCCCUCCCCCCC